UCAUCCCGUAGUCGUCCACAUUUCCACACCGGAAAAGACUUCCUGGCGCUCUUAUCAAAUCUGAAUUGGGAGAGCUCGGAGGAGUUCGGAUCCAUGAAACAAAUGGUUCGCUGCUUUGCUUUUGGAGCAGCCGAUCGGAUUUCAAGGAUCCAGGAUACAUAAAGGCGAGGUUCAGCGUGCCACUUUAAAUCCUUCCCUUUCCCGCGGCGAAAGCAUCGUCCAUUGUCAAUGGCGACCGCAGCACUCCCCUUCGUCUUCUCCGUCCUCAUUCUCCCCUUCUUCGCUGCCUCCGACGACACCCAAACGCUUCUAAGCAUCAAGCAAGGGUUCAACAGCCCUCCUUCUCUCCUAUCCUGGAACGCAUCCAAUGGCCCUCACUGCAACUGGAAGGGCGUCGAGUGCGCCCCCGCAACCAACGCCGUCACUGCUCUCUACCUCACUAGCCACGACCUCCAUGGUGAGCUCCCCGCCACCAUAUGCGACCUUAAGAACCUCACCGUUCUUGACCUCACCGACAACUACAUCUCCGGCAGCUUCCCUUCGCUCCUUUCCCGUUGCACCCAACUCCAGUCCCUCAACCUCUCGGAGAACCUCCUCGUCGGAGCAAUUCCCGAUGACAUCGCCCGGCUAACCGAACUUCGCGAGCUCAAUCUCUCCGGGAACAAUCUCACCGGCGACAUCCCACGAGGAAUCGGCCGCCUUGCGUCUCUCGAGAUACUCUUCAUGAUGUGCAACCAACUCAACGGCUCAGUGCCGCCCGAGAUCGGCGAACUCCAGAACCUUGCCAUGCUAGUCCUAGCAUUUAAUCCCUUCCGCCCGGCGGAGAUCCGGCCUGAAAUCGGACGGCUGAAGCGGCUGAGAUACCUGUAUAUGCGGGAGAUGAACUUGAUCGGACCCAUUCCGAUGUCUUUUGGCAACCUGACUGCGCUCGAGAGGCUGGACGUGUGCCAAAACAAGCUGACCGGCUCCAUUUCGGCAGGGAUCUUCAGGUUGCCCAAUCUGAAAAUCCUAUAUCUCUAUCAGAACAAUCUCACCGGCGAGAUACCCCGACAGAUACUGUCCACCGGUUUGGAGGAGAUAGACCUCAGCCAAAAUCAGCUGACCGGGACUCUGCCGGCGCAGGUUGCUACGCUCGAGAAUUUGACAGUUCUCUACCUCGAAAAGAAUGAUCUAUCCGGUGAGCUCCCGCCCGAGAUCGGUCUAAUGAAAAGGCUGGUCGAUUUGAAGCUCUUCACCAACAGGUUUAACGGCAGCCUCCCUCCCGAUUUCGGUCGUUACUCUGAUCUCAUUUACUUGGAGGUUGCGGAGAAUGAAUUCUCGGGUGAGCUGCCAAAACAUCUUUGCCAGCGCGGACAGCUAAAGGCCGUGAGUGCCUACUCUAACAAUUUUUCCGGCGAAUUUCCAGAAGGGUUGGCCAGAUGCUCGAGCCUGCAGCAUGUGAUGGCGUACAAUAACAGGUUCUCCGGAGAGAUUCCGGUGAAUUUGCUGUCGUUAAGGAAUCUGCAAACGUUGACGCUUGGACACAACUCGUUUUCAGGACAGCUACCAAGCAUCUCAUCGCCACACCUUUCCAGGCUAGAGAUCCAAAACAACAAUUUUUCAGGCGAGUUUCCUGUGAAUCUUUCGGCCAUCACAUAUUUGAAAGUGCUUAAGGGGAGCUGGAAUAGCUUCACAGGAGAAAUCCCAACCAGUAUCACCCAAUUGCAGAACCUGACGGACUUGCUUCUAGACCACAACCAAUUCUCUGGUGGUAUACCAUCAAAUGUCGGCUCGUUGCUGCAACUAUCUAAUCUCGACCUCAGCAACAACCAGCUGACUGGAGAGAUUCCGACGUCAUUCAGCCAGCUACCGUCCCUCAACAGCCUUGACCUCUCAGAUAACCACCUCUCCGGCGAGAUACCACCGGGACUUAGCAAUCUGAAACUUUCAAAGCUCAACCUCUCUGACAACGAUCUAACUGGAAAAGUCCCAGGCGCCCUCGAUAGUGCAGCGUUCGCACAAAGUUUCCUCCAUAACCCCAGGCUAUGUGCGUCCGAUCCUUCCCUAAGCCAAAUUCUCCGGUCGUGCUCCUCCCCUCGGCCGAUUCCCUUGGCUGUGCUCAUCCCUACCCUUGUCGUCGUCGGGAUCCUCGCCCUCUUCUCCAUUAGUUUCACAGCGACGCGCCUUCGGGCUCACAUCCUGGAAAGACGCGAGUUCAACGACUACGAAUCCUGGAAACUUAUCUCCUUCCAGAGGCUCGGCUUCACGGAGGAAGACAUCCGACGAGGUCUAACAAAAAACCACCUCAUCGGCCAGGGCGGCAGUGGAAAGGUGUACCGGGUGCCCAUCGGCGACGGUGCCGUCGCCGUCAAGCGGAUAUGGGACAAACAGGAGGUCGAUCGGAAGAAGGAGCGGCUUUUCGAGGUAGAGGUUGGCAUCCUUAGCCGCAUCUGCCAUGCCAACGUGGUGAAACUCCUCUGCAGUAUCUCUGGGGACAAUUCGCGCCUCAUCGUCUACGAGUUCAUGGAGAACGGUAGCCUAGACAAGUGGCUCCACAACAGCGACACGAUUCUCGACUGGUCGAGUCGCUACCGAGUCGCUGUCGGCUCGGCUCGCGGACUCUGCUACAUGCACCAUGGCUGCUCACCUCCAGUGAUUCACAGGGACGUCAAGAGCAGCAACAUACUCCUGGAUGAGGAGUUCAAGCCCAAGAUUGCGGAUUUCGGGUUGGCUCGGAUCAUGGAACGAACCGGUGAAUCGAAAACCGUCUCUGUAGUCGCUGGUUCAUAUGGAUACUUGGCUCCAGAAUACGGGUAUACCAUGAAAGUGAAUGAAAAGAGCGAUGUCUACAGCUUUGGAGUGGUCCUCCUGGAGCUAGCCACAGGAAGGGAAGCUCGCAAUGGCGGGGAAGAAAUGAACCUGGUGGACUGGGCUUGGCGAUAUUUUCGAGAAGAGAAGCCACUGGCUGAAACCAUGGACCAGCGCGUCUACAAUCCCUGUGUCUCUGAGCAGAUGUUUGUUGUCUUUAAAUUGGGACUUCUCUGCACCAGCAACCUCCCCGCGGUCAGGCCGGACAUGAAUCAAGUUGUUGAUGUCUUGCUCCGCCAUGAAUUACACCAUGAUGAUGCAGUUCUGGGUGAGCCAAAGGGUUAUUCUGCCACUUAGUAGGAGCGAAAACCCAGAACUGCAUUAGUACGAAGCCCGUAUGGGCUUUCGUCCCACCUCAAAAAAAAAAAAAAAAAAAAAAAAAAAAAAGUUUACAUUUAAAUUUUUUAAAAAAUCAUUGGUUGUACAUAAAAAUUUUAAAAAAUAAUAUUUUGACCUUAAUUAAAAUUUAAAAACUUUAAUUUGAUAUCCCUCAUAAAAAUAUUCUGCCUCCACCAUUGGCACCAAGUGAUGAGAUCUCAACACGUUGGAUCCAACCUAUUUAUGGUCAGAGCAUAGCCCUCCUCUGGUUUCGAACUGUUGGCAUGUCAUUUUAGCUAUGCCCCUCCAAGCCACCCAGAUGAUACAAUGGCCAAACUAUCUUUGGGAUGAUUGUUUGAGACCAACUAAUGAUUUUUUAACAAAUAAUCACACCCCUAAAUUGGGAUGCAAAGGAGGCUAAAAAAAAAAUUUGUUAACAUCAAUAUGACCAAAAGGACACAUCACAUCUCAUGAAAUCAAACCCAUCCACUUGUGUAUCGCCUUUAGUGACUAAGAUGUUAUUUCAUCCAAUGGAUUCAUCGGCAUGGUUGUCUAUCUUAUAGACCCAUUUGCAUUCAUUCA